CGAUAUUCUGCUGAACCUAAACAUUAACCAGUAGAUCUUUACCGGUAGAUCUGCUCGUAAUAGUUUAUUUUCGUGUGUGUGUUGUUUUUAGUUUUAUAUUUUUUUUAUUAAAAUGAGGGGUUUUGUGGCCACUCUAGCUCUAUGCAGCAUCUUCUGCUCAUCACACGGUGCCAAGUUGACGAAACGUGAAGCUCCUUUAUCUGGCGGAUACUCGUCUGGACGACCAGGAGGCAGCUACCUCCCACCAUCCAAUGGAGGUGGUUUCGGUGGUGAGGCUCCUUCCUCAAGCUAUGGAGCACCCUCUUUUGGAAGCAACGGAGGAGGAUUUGGAGGUGGCGCACCCUCUAGCUCAUACGGAAUCCCUUCAGUUUCGGCUCCGUCAUCUAGCUAUGGCGCACCUUCCAGCGGCAACUUUGGAGGAGGUUUUGGUUCAGGCAAUGGGUUUGGUGGACCUAGUUCAAGUUAUGGUGCUCCCAGCGCUCCCUCUUCUAAUUAUGGAGCUCCUUCUCAAGGAGGUUUUAGCAAAAGUAGUGCCACAAGCAGCCAAUACUUGCCUCCCUCAACUAGUUAUGGAACCCCUGUAGGACCAUCCAGACCAUCUUCUAGUUAUGGUGCUCCUUCUUCCGGUAACACAGGAUUCGGAAGUGCCCCAUCAAAGCCUUCAAGCAGCUACGGAGCACCAAGCAGACCAUCCAGCUCCUACGGUGCUCCUUCCAAGCCCAGUUCCAGCUACGGAGCUCCUACUGGAUCAUUUGGGGGAAGUGCUCCAAGCUCUAGCUAUGGUGCUCCUUCUUCUUCUUCUUCUUUUGGCUCAAGUUUUGGCGGAUCUUUCGGCAGUAAUGCUCCAAGCUCAAGCUACGGUGCGCCAUCGGCGUCUUCUCCUUCAUCCAGCUAUGGUACUCCAAGCUCCAGUUAUGGUGCUCCCUCUUCUUUUGGUUCAAGUUUUGGUGGAUCUGUUCCAAGCUCUAGCUAUGGUGCUCCCUCUACUUCUGGUUCAAGCUUUGGAGGAUCUAUUGGUGGAGCUGCACCAAGCUCGAGCUACGGUGCUCCAUCCCUACCAACGCCCUCUUCCAACUAUGGAGCUCCCUCUACUGGCUCCAGUUUCGGUGGUUCCUUCAGUGGAGCUCCAAGUUCAAGUUAUAAUGCUCCUUCCCAAGGUGGAUUUGGAGGUGGAUACAGCUCAGGUGGUUCUAAAAGCCAAAGCUAUGAUAGCAAUGGUGGAUAUGUAUAUUAAGUAAUACUAAGCAGCACACACUUGUAAAUAUUUUAGUUCUGGUGACUCUACCAUUGUCGCAUAUUUAAUUGUGUAUUAGUUUUCAUACCAGUAUUAGACUCUGUACCAUUUACAUAUGUCCAUAUUUGUAGGCAGUAUCCAUGCCACUUUUUCCAUUAUUAUAAAAAUGCUUAAAGAUAUUUCAACAUAAAUAAAUGGAUACUUGAUGUAGAACAUUA